AUGGCCUUUUCCAGAAACCAGUCGCUAUUCUUCAUACUCACCCUUGUACUCGCUGUUCUGCUCGUCAAUUGGCUACAACCGAAGGAAAUCGACAUGAACGUCUCGCAGACCCGUACCAUCGUCGUUGGGGGUGGAUUAGCUGGAUUGAGCGCUGCACAUACACUGAUUCAGCAUGGUGCCCAGGUCUUGUUGUUGGACAAGAAGCCCUCCUUGGGAGGAAACUCGAUGAAGGCAAGCUCUGGGAUAAACGGAGCCGGGACGGAAGCACAGUCGUCGCUGGGGGUCUCCGACACCGUUGAAGCAUUCACGGCAGACACUACAUCAUCUGCAGGACAACUGGCGCGGCCAGAUCUCAUCCACGCCCUGACAUCGAACUCUGCAGAGUCUCUUUCAUGGCUAAGCUCCAACUUCUCUAUCGACCUUUCAUUGGUAUCAUUACUCGGGGGUCAUUCCGUCGCGCGCACCCAUCGAGGCAGGGGACCGCCGCCCGGGUUUGCUAUAACAUCCGCGUUGAUGAAGAAACUGGACACUCUCCCUGCUGCGGAGGUAAUUAAGUCCGCACAUGUCGUCCGACUGCUGGAAGCAAACGGACGCGUCACUGGUGUGGAAUAUGAAACCAACGGGGAGACCACAAGCGUACAAGCGAACGCUGUUAUUAUCGCCACAGGUGGAUAUGCUGCUGACUACGCUCCCUCGGGGCUUCUCGCCAAGUAUCGGCCAGAUCUCCUUGGGCUGCCUACGACAAAUGGGGACCACGCAACGGGGGACGGUCAUCGUUUAGCCUCGUCAUUGCACGCGUCCCUCAUUGAUAUGGACGAAAUCCAAGUGCAUCCAACUGGGUUUGUUGAUCCCAAGGAUGAGGGCGCGAAGACUAAGUUCCUUGCAGCGGAGGCGUUGAGAGGCGUUGGCGCACUGCUUGUUGAUGCAGAUGGAAAGAGGUUUGUUGAUGAAAUGGAGAGAAGAGAUAAUGUAACAAAGGCGAUGCAAGAAAUUAUUGAGCAGGGGAAGGGGCCGAUCAGGUUAUUACUCAAUGCCGAUGCAGAAAAGGAGUUGAAAUCGCAUUGCGAUUUCUAUGUUUCUAAGGGAUUGAUGAAGAGAUACGAAAACGCCGCCGACUUCGCGAAAGACACGGGUGUACCAAACGCAGCCUUGAUUCAAACGCUCGCCGAACAUAACAAAUACGCCUCAGGCGAACUGAAGGACCCAUUCGGCAAAAUCCACUUCCAUAACGGUCAAUUCAGCCCAGACGGUGUAUUGCUGGCCUCAUGGGUUGUUCCUGUGGUGCACUACACGAUGGGAGGCAUUCACACCGAUGCUUCUGCCCGCGUCCUCUCGGCUGAAGGCAAGCCUAUACCUGGUUUGUACGCCGCUGGGGAAGUCAUUGGUGGAGUUCACGGUAAGAAUAGGCUCGGGGGCUCGUCGUUGCUGGAGGCGGUGGUGUUUGGGAGGCUUGCCGGGGCCGCGGCCGCGGAGGCGAAAUGA